AUGGAGGCAGGUACUGUGGUGGCUAAUUUAGCAACGGAUCUUGGACUGGAUGUUAGUACUUUGAAGAAACGCAAGAUACGACUGGAUACUUUGUCGAAUAAAAAAUAUUUGGAUAUUAACAAAGAAACAGGCGAGCUCUUAAUCAUGGAGAGGAUUGAUCGAGAAUAUAUUUGCAACACUAAAUCAGCAGCAACGUGCAUUUUGAAGCUUGAUGCAAACAUAGAAGAUCCAGUAAGGAUGUUCAACAUUGAACUUGAAAUUAUCGAUAUCAACGACAAUGCUCCUCAUUUCCGAAGAGACACAAUGCAUUUAGACAUUUCUGAAUCAACGCCUGUUGGAGAGCGAUUUUCAUUAAAUAAUGCAGUCGAUCCUGACAUUGGAUUAAACUCAAUUAAAACGUAUUAUCUUAGCGACAGUGAUUACUUUUCCCUGGAAAUCCAAACUGGUCGUGAUGGAUCGAAAUUUACAGGUUUAAUUUUGAAAAAAGCUUUAGACAGAGAGGAAGUGGCAGUUCAUAAUCUGAUACUCACUGCUGUAGAUGGCGGAGUUCCUGCGCGCUCUGGCACAGCCAGCAUUGUUGUGCGCGUUCUUGACACUAACGACAACGCCCCUCAGUUUGAUAAAGACAGUUACACCAUAAACAUAACGGAAAACUCUCCGAUUGGAAGCCUUGUAGUGAAAUUAAAUGCAACCGACGCCGAUGACGGAUCGAAUUCCGACCUGACCUACGCAUACAGUUUAUAUACGACAGAGAAAACGCAGCAAACUUUCAGUUUAAACCCAGAUACUGGGGAAAUUAGAGUUAAAGCAAUGAUUAAUUACGAGGAUUUCAGGAUUUAUGACAUGGAAAUUGUGGCAACAGACAAAGGAACGAAUUCCUUAUCAGGGAAUUGUAAACUUAGAAUUUUAAUCGCGGAUAUGAAUGAUAACCAUCCAGAAAUAUCCAUCAGAUCAUUCACUAGCCCAGUCAAAGAGGAUGUAGUUGUAGGUACAGUUAUUGCAGUGAUUAGUGUUAGUGAUAAAGAUUCGGGAGAAAAUGGUCAAAUUGACGUUGAUAUUUCUGACAAGCUGCCCUUUCGUCUGAAAGAAUCAUCUGAUAAGUAUUACGAGCUCGUGGUAUCCGAACCACUUGACCGUGAAAAAGUUACAGAAUAUGAGAUUACAUUCACCGUCACUGACAGAGGAAACCCUCCAUUAUCUGAUAAUGAAACUGUAACUCUCGAACUGCUGGACGUUAAUGACAACGCCCCACAGUUUCCUCGAUCAUUUUAUACCUUGCAGGUGAAGGAAAAUAAUCCACCUGGAGCUUUACUGAGCUCCCUGACCGCACACGACCCAGACCUCCAUGAAAAUCAAUAUCUCGUUUAUUUUAUAAUAGAAAAAGAAAUCGUGAAUACUUCUAUGUCCAUGCUGUUCUCCAUUAAUCCAGAGAACGGUAACCUUUACGCACUAAAGACAUUUGAUUAUGAGAUAGAGAAGGAAUUUCUUUUCCACAUCGAGGCCAGAGACUCUGGUGUUCCUCCACUCAGCAGUAACGUGACUGUUCACAUUAUUAUCAUGGACCAGAACGACAACACACCGGUUAUAGUGUCUCCGUGGCGCGCGCACGGCUCAGUGGUGGAGGAGAAAAUACCGAGAUCUACCGAUAAAGGAACUCUGAUAGCCAAAGUCAUUGCUAUAGACACAGACUCUGUGCACAACUCCCGGAUUACGUACCAGUUUCUCCAGAACACUGACGCUACAUUAUUCAGCCUGGACCAGUACAAUGGAGAAAUCCGGACCAUGAGGAUGUUCAGUUACAGAGACUCGCGCCACCAGCGGCUGGUGGUGAUCGCCAAGGAUAACGGAGAUCCUGCUCUCUCUGCUACAGUCACCAUUAAACUGUCCACGGUGGAGACCGCACUUAAAAGCUAUGCUGACAUGACUGAGGUGCCUUUAGAAUAUGACAUCUUUUCUGAUUUAAACCUAUAUCUGGUAAUCGGACUGGGCUCGGUGUCAUUCCUGUUACUGAUCACCAUAUUGGUGACCAUCGUUCUGAAGUGUCAGAAACCGAAGCCCAGUAAAGCUGCUCCUCCCUGUCGGAACAGUGUGAUCAGUGAGAGGAACUCGACCAUCGCAGAUUCCACUCUUGUCUCCAAUGAUGCCUACUGGUACAGUUUAUUUCUAGCGGAGACCAGAAAAGGAAAGCUGGUAGUUAGACAACCUGUGCCAAAGGGGACGAGGUACAUUGUGUCCAGCAUACCGAGGAGCACAGGACUGACUGAGACUAGUGACUCGGCUGCCUCCACUUUGCAGGUAGGAAAUUUUUCCUUCCCAAAGAAACAUACGAUAGAUUAA